AUGGAGCAGCAGCCCCAGUCAGCCUCCAUCCGAGCCAAGUGGGCCCAAUCGACGCUCAUCCGCCACCUCGAGCGCGAGAUCGCCGACCUGGAUCUCCCAUGCGACGAGAGCGACUGGGCCUGGGUGAUUCCCGACCCCUCCCUAUGCCCCAACGGCGACAACAGUUGUCGUCGCCUCCCACGACCACCGCCAACGAGACAACCAGCCACCACCGCAGACCCCGAGCCACUUCGGAUCUGCAUUAUCGGCGCCGGAAUCACCGGUCUGUAUCUGGCGAUGAUGCUUGACAGUCUGCAGCUGCCGCACCUUUGCUAUGAGAUUCUGGAAGCCAGCGCCCGGGUCGGGGGCCGGGUGUAUACUCAUCGGUUUGGCCCGGGGCGGGCAGAGUACUACGACAUCGGAGCCAUGCGAUUUCCCAAGAUUCCCCCUCUGCGUUCCGCCUUCGACCUGUUCGCUCGAUGCCGGACCGUCUUGCUGCCAUAUGACUACCAGGGCCAACGAUGUCCGGCCAUGUUCAAUGGCGUGUGGUUACUGCCAGGCGAGCAGGCUGGCUCCGACCCGGCCGACGAUCCAUUUCGGUUGAGUGUGUCGGAGGGGGGUGUGGUUCCGGACAAGACGGUUGCCGAGGGUGCCCCAAGUAUUCUCAAUCGGGCUUUUGCGCCUUUUAUCGCGGCGCUGUCCGAAGACUUCCCCAAGGGGUUCGAGGAGCUGAUGAAGUACGACCAUAUGACGACACGCGAGUUCUUGCAGGACAUAUUGGGGCUGGACUUCUAUUCGAUCUGGUAUAUGGAAACCGUGGGGAGUGCUGCCGGGUUAUACGACCAGUCAUUCACGGAAGCCGUGCUGGAUGCCAUGGAUUUCGACUACCCCUUCGAGAAUGCCGAGAGCGUGGACUGGUAUCGCGUAGACGGAGGGACGGAUCGAGUCAUCGAGCACAUGCACGAGAGAGCUUCCGUCAAGCCGUCGCUUAACGCGCGCGUGACCGCUAUCAACUAUAAUCCGCACGCUCGUCGACACCCCAUGGCUGUACAAGUCGGGGACGAGAGCCAACCCCGGCACUACUCGGCCGUCUUCAACACCACGAGUCUCCCCUGUCUGCGCCGCAUGGCCCUGGGACCGCGAGUACUGCGACCCGGCCAACAAGCGGCCGUCAGCGCCGUUCACUACGACGCCUCCACCAAGGUCGCCAUCAAGUUCCGGACCGCCUGGUGGACCCAACACUGCCAGAUCCUGGGGGGGCAGGCCUCGACCGACCUCCCGCUCCGAACCUGCGUCUAUCCCUCAACCGAACCCAACCCUGAAGGAACCAAAUCCGGGGAGGGCCAAUGCACAGUGCUCCUGUGCUCCUACACCUGGGGCCAAGACGCGCAGCAGAUGGCCUCCCUCCUGCACCCCGACACGAGUACAGCCACCGGCGUGGCGGACUUCCUGUGCCACAACCUGGCGCUCCUGCAUCACAACUACAUCGACCCGGCCACCGGAUUCUCCUACGGAUACCCGCGGAUGCUGGACAUCAUCCGGCAGGCCUACGAGGGAUACCACGGGUACGACUGGUACGCCAACCCGCACACCGCGGGCGCGUUCGCGUACUUCGGGCCCGGCCAGUUCCGACACUUCUACCCGGAGCUCGUCCGCCCCGCGGCCGGCGGCCGCAUGUUCCUGGUCGGCGAGGCGUGCAGUGCCCAUCAUGGCUGGAUUGCCGGGGCCCUGGACAGUGCGUAUCGGGGGUUGGUGCAGUUCUUGCAGGGGCUGGUUGCCGAGGGACGCGUCCCGGCGGAUGCGCUGCGCCGGGUGCGCGAGACCUGGGGCGCCGCGGGGGAGGGGGAGGAGAUUCCCGAGGAGAUCAUCGCGUGGCAGGUCUUUCUGGCGCAGAUGACGGCGGGAUGA